UACUUCUCUCCUUGGUUAUAUAACCCCUACCAAAGUCUCAUCCUUCUUGGCAGCAGCAACGCCUGCACUAGAAGGAUGAGAAUUCCUAAGGAGCUCCAUUUCCUUCUUUUCUAUGUCCUUCUACCACAAUUCUUGGUCCUUUCAGCAGACCCACCAUUCUCUUGUGAUCCUUCGAGUCCAUCAACCAAUUCCUUCACCUUCUGCAAAACAACAUCAUUACCCAUUGACAAAAGAGUGGAUGAUCUCAUCGCACACUUAACAUUGGAAGAGAAGAUAGCUCAGCUGGGUGAUAUCGCCCCUUCGAUCCCCCGGCUUGGCAUACCAGCCUACAAAUGGUGGUCUGAGUCGCUUCAUGGGGUCUCAGACUCAGGCCGAGGAAUCCACUUCAAUGGCACCAUUCACUCUGCUACAAGCUUUCCUCAAGUCAUACUCACUGCAGCAUCCUUCAAUCCCCGUAUCUGGUACCAGAUCGGGCAGGCUAUUGGAAUUGAGGCCCGGGCAGUUUACAACAACGGCCAGGCAGAAGGGUUGACAUUCUGGUCACCAAACAUCAAUAUAUUCAGGGAUCCCAGAUGGGGCAGGGGCCAGGAAACUCCUGGUGAGGACCCGAUGACUACGAGCAAGUAUGCAGCCGUUUAUGUCAGGGGGUUGCAGGGUGAUUCCUUCAAAGGGGGAAGUUCUGCAGAGCUAAAGGCCUCAGCUUGCUGCAAGCACUUCACUGCAUAUGAUCUGGAUAAUUGGAAAGGAAACAUUCGAUACACGUUCAAUGCUCUUGUUUCAGCUCAGGAUUUUGAGGACACUUACCAGCCUCCUUUCAAAAGCUGCGUUGAAGAAGGUAGGGCGAGCGGUAUCAUGUGCUCUUACAAUCGUGUCAACGGAGUUCCGACAUGCGCCGAUCACAACCUCUUGUCGAAAACAGCCAGGGGGUCAUGGGGAUUCUAUGGAUACAUUACCUCAGACUGUGAUGCAGUUUCCAUCAUCCAUGAUUCUCAGGGUUAUGCUAAAACGCCAGAAGAUGCAGUUGGAGAUGUUCUCAAAGCUGGAAUGGAUGUGAAUUGUGGCAACUACGUGCAAAAAUAUGCCAAGUCUGCAGUCCAACAGGGAAAACUAUCUGAAGGGGACAUAAACCGAGCUCUGCACAACCUAUUCUCCAUCAGAAUGAGGUUGGGUCUCUUCAAUGGAAAUCCAAAAUACGAAGCCUAUGGCAAAAUAGCUCCAAGCCAAGUCUGCACGCAGAAGCACCAGAACCUGGCAUUGGAAGCAGCCAGAGAUGGCAUUGUUCUGUUGAAGAACUCAGUCAAUAUCCUUCCUCUGUCUAAAUCGAAAGUAAAGUCACUUGGUGUGAUCGGCCUGAAUGCAAACAAUGCAACGAAACUACUUGGCAACUAUGCCGGCCCUCCAUGCAAAAGCAUCACUCCACUUGAGGCAUUGCAGAGCUAUGUUAAGGACACCAGAUACUUAUCUGGGUGCGACACUGCUGCCUGUACUUCGAGUUCAACCAGUGAAGCAGUCCAAUUGGCAAGAUCGGUGGACUAUGUGGUUAUGUUCAUGGGUUUGGAUCUGGAGCAGGAGAGGGAGGACCUUGAUAGAGUGGACUUGGUUCUCCCAGGGAUGCAGCAAAGCCUUAUCACUAGUGUCGCAAGAGCGGCAAAAAGGCCUGUAAUCCUGGUGCUGUUAUGCGGCGGUCCGGUAGAUAUCACAUUUGCCAAGUAUGAAAAGAAGAUUGGAGGCAUCUUGUGGGCUGGUUAUCCUGGUGAAGCUGGUGGACUGGCUAUUGCACAGGUUAUUUUUGGAGAACAUAAUCCAGGGGGAAGAUUACCUGUCACCUGGUAUCCACAGUCUUUCACAAGUGUUCCCAUGACUGACAUGAGGAUGAGAGCUGACCCUGCCUCUGGAUACCCAGGCCGCACCUAUCGAUUUUAUACCGGUAAACCUGUAUACAGUUUUGGCUUCGGUCUUAGCUACUCCACUUAUUCUUAUGAAUUUAGUGCGGAAUCUGAGAACAAAAUCUACCUGAACAAAUCGAUCAGUCUUGAUGCUUUCAAGAUGUCAGGAUCUUUAAGUUAUGAUAUAACAAACAUGGGCUCCGAAGCAUGCAAGAAGCUCAAAUUCUCAACAGUUGUUGGGGUAAAAAAUCAUGGACCAAUGGAUGGGAAACAUCCAGUUUUGCUUUUUCUGCGCUGGCCUAAUGCCCUGUAUGGGAGGCCUAUGAAACAAUUGAUAGGAUUCCAAAGUGUGCAUUUGAAGGCUGGGGAAAGAGCUGAUGUCAAAUUUGUUGUGAGCCCAUGCAAGCACCUCGGUCGAACCAACAUAGAUGGUGCAAAGUUGUUGGACCAAGGAUCUCAUUUUUUGAUGACAGGAAAAAAGGAAUAUCAGAUCAGCAUCAUGGCAUGAAUCAGUUGUGAGAGAGUUUGAACUUUAAAGUUUGUAAUUUGCAUUCUUCUCAAGGGAAAAAAGAAAAAAAAAACUUGGCAAUAUGCAGACCCUGAAAAGUGUAGCUCAUGGAAGUGCACUAGGAAUUUUCUUUCAAAGUAGCAUUCAAAGAAAAUCUCUAAUAUCCUUCCUCCCUCAUGUUGUCUAAUAAAUGCUGUCUUAAAGAAGCAUCUAGCUUUCAGAAAAAGCUUUUCUAUGAGAAUUAAAGGAGCACUGACUGUCAUUGAGAGAAUGUAUCUUUCAAAGAUUUGAAGAAAUCCAUGCAGUGCACAAUUAGUUUCUGUUUCAA